AUGCUUGCGAUGCGUUUCAGCCGGCUUCCUCGAAGGUUCGCAACAUCCUCUGAUUCACACAUUAGAAGACGCCUUGAGGGAGAAAACUAUGGGAUUGCUGACUUCCAUGAUAGCGCUGUUCAAUAUCUUGAGCAAAAGCUGGCCGAACUCGAAGCCUUUGCUACCACAAGAGAGGGUGUUACAAAUGCGGCGUUGCCAACACAAGACAACUUGAGUAUCAACACUGUAGAAAAGGAUGUCCAACAGAUCGCCGGAAUAUCUGUCAUUCGUUCCUUAUCAGCAAGUGGCUUCGAAUGCAGCGACAAAAUUCAGCAUAAGGCGAAGCUUUUUUACGGUUCUGAAAGACCUCCACUCAAAAUUCCAAUAGGUGGUAUCUAUCAUGAGCUCAGUCCAAGAACGGCCGGGCAUGCAUACGCAUCUCAAUUUGCCAAGUUCAACGCUCGGAGACUACCUAAGCAUGUGGCAAAACGGCUUUUUGAGAAUUACAAAAUGGACAUCCUCCCUAGAUUCCCCUGCUUUGAAGAAGAUGAAAUUGGCAAAUAUUUCAACUUAUUCUAUGAACAGGAACUACCCAAAACCAACGAAGAAAGCCUGCCAGACAUCGCAGAUUUUGUAGUUCCAAUGGUGCUGGCGAUAUGUUCACUGACGUCCAGGACCAACGACUUCGAAAAGGUUGCUGCCCUGAGCGAGGCUCUACAAUCUGAUGCUCUGCGUGACACAGAGCGGGUUUUGCAGCAUGCAUCCAUACAGUCAUUGAAAUGUCUGCUUCUCAUCAUUCAACUCGCGCUGUUACUCCCGCAUACCGCUAACUUAUGGCAUUCGACCGGGGAGGCUAUGCGGGUAGCAGUGAGUCUGGGACUACACCAGGAGCCUGAUGACAGAAUUAUGAGGGACCACAAACUCUGCGAAGAGCGACGCAAGCUUUUUUGGGUCAUCUACCAACUUGAUAGGAUCGUUUCCAUAUCUGCAGGAUGUCCUGUCGCCCUUGGUGACGAACACAUCACAACCCAGCUUCCGUUUGGAGGGGGCAGUCCAUUCCAUGGUGGUCCAGAUGAAAAUCACUCCGGGAUUAUUGAGAGCCUCACAAAAAGACGGUUCCUCAUGAGAACGCGUGCCUGCGUCUUACAGUCGGAAAUACACGCCACCCAGUUCUUCGAUCAAGCCCUCCCAGACUCCGUCAAGGACCACGCCGACUGGAUCAAUAAAACCAACGAAGCCGUUCAAAGACUUGCAAACGAAGCCACGCCUGGACCUUUGGUUGAUCCAUGGCUAAUUUCAGUGCCUUAUCAAUGUCGUGUUCUACUCCAUCGGCCAUGUUCUAGAAACAUUGUGGUCUCUGACGAGUCGUUGCUGGCCGUUGUAAUUGCGGCGACCAAUCUGAUUGCUCUCGACAUGAAUGUCGCUAAAGCAGGGGGUCUCGUGAUGGCAUUCGAGAUUGCCAAUCGGGAUUUUCAAGCCGGGAUGGUUUUGCUUUACGCUCUCCGGAACCACUCUGCAAAGCUGGAGGAAGCUUCAUUUACGGCUGCAGCGGAGAGAGCGCUUUCAGAUCUUGUACAACUAUUCAAACUGUUGUCGUCGAGAUGGCCACCAUUGGCAGACACUGCUGCAUAUAUCAACGAGCUAAUCGAUACGAAUCUCCGCAAUCCAGUCGGUCACAGCGGUAGCGCUUACGACAUGAAUGUCCUUGAGGAGCUAGACUGUCUCGUUACCCAACGACGAAUACACAGCAUUCGCCAUCGUAACGUUGUGUUGCCACAGCAGAAGAAACCAGCCGCUGCUGCCACUCAACCGAAGGAUUGUGGUCAGCAGAUGGGUGAAGAUCUGUUUGAUGACGAAAACUGGUGGCGGGACUUCAUCAACGAUGAUUUAGUUACGAACGACAGUCCCUUUUCACUGAUUUCACCAGAUGCCGUACAGAGUUCUGUUUCUAUCCACCCGCACGAGAGAAUUCAACAUCCGCCCGACCCAAGACAAGAUCUUUCCGAUCUAGAGAAGCAACUACAACCAAUCAUCGAGGCUCUACCUUCAUGUAGCUUUUGUAGAGACAGGCGGAUCAAGUGUCGUCUCCAAUUACCAGCUUGCAAGGAAUGCCAUCGCACUUCACGUAAUUGCGUGGUAUAUGACCCAAUCCUGGGAAGCAAUGUACCGUUGAAGCGCAUACACUCUCUUCUGGAACAAAUCCGACAUAAAGCUUCAACUAGUUUGCCAGCUCCUACAUUCCAAACGAAUGAAGAGCAUUUGAGAAGACGUACAAUGGGUGUCCUGCUGCCAGUGAGACCUGGUCCACAGGAGGAGCCACUAAGUAGUUACUCGCAACGCAAUCACAGCGAUUCGUUCUUUGGGACGCGGAGUGCUUUCGGUUGUCUUCGGAACCUACUUCAGAAGCGUCCAGUCACAAUUCCCGAGAUUCUGCGAACUGCCACCCAUUGGAACUCCCACAAUGUUUCGCCGACGAGACUGCCUUGGAACGGCGACAUCACUAAGCCGUUAGCUGAAGGUCUUUUUCAACUGUUCAACCGAUCUGCGAAUGCCUUUUUUCCUGUGUUGGAAUCUUCAACCCUUGACCGCAUUGUAACUGGAUUCUUUGACUUCUCAAGGUCGCAGCCAAGUACAGACGCUGAGUUAUUCUAUCUGGUGGUGGCAAUAGCAUCUUCGGUUGGCACAAAAAGCGACCCUAGGCUGGUCGUAUGGGCGGAGUCAUCAUAUGCAAAGGCUAUUGAAGUCUUACACACUGACUGCGACCACGGCUCUCGCCCAUCAAAUGUUCUCCUCUUUGAAAGGACCUUGCUAAUUUGCAUCUAUCUCCUCCUAAAUCCACAGGCAGGUGACAUUUGGCGACAUCUGGGUUUCGCAAUCAGACACUAUCUGGACCUUUCCCAUCGUCCCUCUACGGAGGAGUUGGACGAGGGUCAUGAUUUGUUUUGCACUCUAACGAGGACAUUGUAUUGUCUAGAAAGUCAAGUUUCCAUCGCCUUCGGACGACCCAGCCUCCUGGCAAUCGGCGAUGGGCUUCGCAAGGAGCUUACCAAUCAAACUACUGGCACGAUCAGAGAGCAGAUUUCCGUAUCGUCGUAUUUGAUUGCAUUUCUAAAGAUGAAAAUUCACAACACUCUUUUAGCAAAUGAUGCGAACAGUCUAAAAGUGAAAAAAGACGACCUCCAAAGAGCCUGUCAAGAGCAUCGUCGGGUCCUAGACGAGUGGUUCGUGCGUUGGAAAGAAAGAAUGAACUCCGUUCCAGAGGUGGCAAGAGAGCCCUAUGCCGGAUUGAUUUCUUGGGUGAAGUUCAGUUACCACCAUGGAAUCUUCAUGAUAUCCCUUCUUUGGCCUACUGCAGGAGGACAUGCUGCUCGUGUCUGCAGCGCUCUGUCCGACGCGGGUUUGCAACUCACGAGGCAACAACAGUUGUUCGGGCGAUUGUUUUCGGUUUUCCAGGAUGACGCACCAAUUCUGGUUUUUCCGAUUAGCUGGGUGACAUCUCACACGGUCUUUCAGGUGGGAUUGUCCACUAUCGACAGUAACUCCAAGUCAUCUACCCAGGAGGGUAUAGGCGCUAGGUCAACAGCACUUCAACGUUGUUUAUCACUGGUUUUGCAACUUGAAGCUGACUCAACGAAUCUUCUGACGGGGCAGUCCGUCGUACUUCAGGAGUUGAUUUCUAAUUAG